AUGGCAGCCGAAGGCAACAAGAACUGGCCUCGAGAAGGCUACCGACCAGAGUGGUUGGCACUCGAAGAUGCAUCUGGCGGUCGAUAUGUCAUGACUGGCAAUUGGGCGGUUGAUGUUCCCACGUACGAUGCUGUCUUUGCUGGCCUUGCGAAACAAUGGCCCCCGCUGGCUGAAGAACUGAAAGUCUGGGACGAGAAGACAGCCAGCCAGCAUGGCGACCUUCCAGUCCGAAUCUACAAACCGGCAUCUGACAAGCCGCUGCCGCUCAUGAUUUAUUUUCCAGGUGGAGGAUUCAUUGCCGGCAAUCUUGACACCGAAGAUGCCCACUGCCGGAUAUUCGCAGCCAAAGUACCAUGUCUGGUCAUCAGUGUCAACUAUCCCAAAGUUCCACAAGUCAAGCUUGACGACAUUAUCAACGUGGCAACUCAGGCUGUCCCCUGGUGUCGCGCCAGAGCCAAAGAACUGGGAGAUGAUCCUUCCACGACUCUUCUCUGUGGUGGUUCAGCUGGCGCAAUGCUCUCAGCUGAAGUGGCCUACCGCUUCAUGGCCGAAGGGGACUACACCUCCGUCACUGGCUGCGUGCUGAUGUUUGUUGUAACGCUUUCCUGGAAGUACAAUGGGAAAUACAAGCAUCUGUACACCUCGUGGGAAGACAAUGGAUAUGCUGGGACUCCGGUGUUUGGUCAGGAGCUCGCCGAGUUCAUGUGGUCCCAUUUCGACCUCGAUCAUGACAGCCCACGACACCUCGUAUGUCUAGCCGACGACCUCUCCAAAUUUCCGCCAUGCUAUAUUGUCACCGCGGAGAAGGACUGUUUUCGAGACGACGGAGCCGUCUUGGACUACAGGCUCAGAGAGAGUGGUGUCAAAAGCAAGCUUGAUCAUUACGAUGGACUUCCUCACUACUUCCAUGCCUUCCCUAGCCUCGCCGUUGCCCAAGAGUCGAUGGAGAGGGCUGUGGAAGGAGCCAGAUUUGUGAUGGAGUAG